CCUCCUACCGAGGAUAAAGAAAGACUCGUUUUUGUUAAGAGCAUAGGCAACGAACGAGACGGAAUAUCUCUCGGACCGACUAUCUACUUUUCGGUCGCUGUUGGGGUUCCGAGCAUUCCACUUCCUCGUUUGCAAAGAUCGGGAGUCGUUACGUUGUUGGGACAAGUCGUUCGUUACGCUUACGUCCACAUCGAGAUUUGUUAUUCCAUUCGUACCACGGAGUCACGUCGACAGAACCAGACUCUAGCACGGGAGCUCCAAUACGGACCUGCGUGAUCUCAAGUAAGUCUGGCAAGCAAUCGAGGACUAUUCGAGCCUCUGCGUUGUUGCAAUCCUGGUCGUUUGUCCUGUUAUGGCUUAUGAGUCCGGUCUGAUUUGAUUAUCCGAUUGUCUCUCCUUCUAACCUUGUCAGCCCCAAGAAACAUCUGAUGAGCUUUACCCGCAGACAGAAGUGUGAAACUAAUUCAAGAUUAUCAGAAUCAGACUUGGCCAGCAAGAAAGCGUCCUUUACCAUAUCGUCUAUUUCCACAAUGGUGGCAUCCAGAGCCAACCCACGCUUUCGACGCCUCCAGAAAAUCUCACCAGAUUAUUCACCGAGCACAAUUACUCAAUAUGAGUCUGAACGCACUGGUAUGAGGGUAGUCGUGGUGGACCAGGAGGGACCUAAAUUGCAUGGUUACUUCGUGUUGGCCACUGAAAUUCACGACGACUCUGGAGCACCGCACACAUUGGAACAUCUCUGUUUCAUGGGUUCAAAGAACUACAAGUACAAGGGCUUUUUGGACAAGCUUGCCACUCGAGCCUAUUCUAAUACCAACGCUUGGACUGCCACCGACCACACGGCCUACACACUCGAGACGGCAGGCUGGGCGGGAUUCGCACAAAUAUUGCCGGUUUAUCUAGAACAUGUGGUCUUGCCCACACUGACUGACUCAGGUUGCACCACGGAAGUACAUCAUAUUGACGGAAAUGGUAACGACGCCGGUGUCGUCUACUCCGAGAUGCAGGGGGUUCAAAACAUGGCAGCAGAACUGAUUGAGCUACGGUCAAAAAGAAUCCUCUAUCCAGAAGGCGUCGGCUUCCGUUACGAAACUGGGGGCAUGAUGGAACAACUUCGCGUCCUUACCAGCGACCGCAUACGAGAAUUUCACCGCGACAUGUACCAACCUAGAAACCUGUGUCUGGCAUUAUUUGGGGAAGUCAAUUACGAGGAGUUAUUGGCCAUUCUGGACGACUUCGAAUCAUCAAUCAUCUCUGACAUACCUAGUCCUGAUGCCCCUUUCAAGCGACCAUGGAUCAACUCCAAGCAGACUCCCGCAUUGACUGAAUCAACGUUAGAGAGGGUCGAGUUUCCCGAAGAGGAUGAAUCAUUCGGAGAGGUCGAUAUCCGAUUUCUUGGGCCUGAUUGUUCGGACGCUCUACCUACAGCCGCUUUGAGCGUUGCCCUCCUGUAUCUGGCUGGCUCCUCGGCUGCGGUCCUCGACAACGCACUGGUAGAAAAAGAGCAGUUGGCAAGUGGCGUCUACUUUACCGUGGAUAGUCGACCUCGUACCGAGAUUGCCUUCUCGAUGUCGGGUGUUGAGACUGGCCGUCUGGAAGAGGUGGAAAAGCGAUUUUUUGAAGUCUUGAAAGAGGCUGUGGAGAAGUCAUUGGAUAUGAAGUUCAUGAGAGACUGCAUCGACCGGCAGGUUAGAACAUACAAGUUCAACGCCGAGGCCACGCCAACAGCAUUCGCUGACGCCAUUAUCUCAGACUAUCUUUUCGGUAAACGAGACGGCUCAACACUGGAAUCCCUACAGUCAUUGAAGCAGUACACCACAACGCUAGUUUCCUGGAGCGAGCAGCAGUGGAAGGACUUCCUCAAGCAGUACAUUUCUGACGCCCCUCAUGUGUCAAUCCUGGGGGUACCGUCAGCACGCUUGUCCGAGAAACUCAAGACAGAUGAAGCCCGGCGAAUCGAGCAGCAGAAGACCAGCCUGGGUCCUGAUGGUUUGAAGAAGAUGCAGAAGAAGCUUGAUCAAGCCAAGGCUGAGAACGACCUCGAGAUUCCUCGGGAAUUACUUGGACAAUUCAAAGUGCCAUCAACCGACUCGAUUCAUUUUGUUACAACUUCCGGCGCUCGAGCAGGUCUUGCUCUCGAGAUCGGUAAGCCAAACAACAGAUAUCAGAAUGUCAUUGACAAGGACGCUGGGAAUGUUGCGCUUUUCCUGGAUUUCGAACACAUUCCCACAAACUUCGCCCGGGUGAAUAUGAUCAUCUCUACCGAGACGCUUCCGGACGAGCUUCGGCCGCUCCUUUCGAUCUACAUGGAAGCAUUCUUUAAUCUGCCUGUCAAGCGUGGAUCAAAUAUCAUUGACUUUGAGCAAGUCGUGGUCGAGCUCGAGCGAGAUACGGUCGGCUAUAACAUCGACUCUGCCGGCAGUCUAGGAAACAGCGAAGGCAUCCGAGUGAGCUUCCAAGUUGAACUGGAAAAGUACAAGGUCGCCAUCAAGUGGUUGAGCGAGCUUUUGUACAAGUCGAUCUUCGAUGUGGAGCGGCUAAAGGCAAUCAACACAAGACUGCUUGCCGACGUGCCCGAUGCGAAGCGCAGUGGUGAUGAUAUGAUGACAGCCGUCCGUGUGAUGACCCAUCUGGCUCCAAAAUCGAUCGGUCGUGCCCGGAGCACACUGGUGAAGGCGCUUUAUCUUAGACGCAUCAAGCAGCUCUUGGCCACUGACCCGGAUCAGGUGGUGCGUCAACUGGAGCGGUUGCGCGGGCAUCUCUGCCGUUUUGAGAACUACCGAGUUCUAGUCAUUACGGAUCUUGACCAGGUGCAAGAGCCAGUCAGCGCCUGGGACUCGUUUCUGGAAGGCAUGGAGACGAACAAAAAGCUCGCGCCUGUUGGCAAACGUAUUGAUCGAUUAAGCGCGGCCGGCAAGACCCCAGGGAGCCUCGCUUACGUGGUGCCGAUGCCAACGAUCGAUUCCUCGUUCGCGUAUGCGGCAGCACGAGGGCCGACUUCCUAUGACGACCCGAAAAUGCCUGCAGUCAUGGUUGCAAUGGCGUAUAUGAAUGCAGUCGAGGGUCCUCUUUGGGUUGCAGUACGCGGCACUGGUCUUGCUUACGGCACGAACAUGGGCUAUGAUAUUGAUUCCGGGUAUAUCCAUUUGGACGUGUACCGAUCGCCGGACGCGUACAAGGCCUUCGAAGCAAGCCAGAAAGUGGUGCGUGGGCACAUGAUGGGAGAGAUUGAGUUUGAUCCUUUAAUGCUCGAAGGAGCCAUCAGCAGCAUCGUCGUGGCCUUUGCGAACGAGCAACAGACGUUGGCUAGUGCGGCGGGAGCGAGCUUCGUCCGAGCGGUAAUGAAGGGCUUGCCAGAGGAUCAUAUGGAGAGAUUACUCAAGAAGGUCAGGGCCGUGGAGGUGGAGGAUAUCAAAGAUGCCUUAAAGAGCGUGGUGUAUGAUAUGUUCACGCCGGGUACGGCGGAUAUCUUCAUCACGUGCGCGCCUGGAUUGAAGGAGGCUAUCGCGGAGGGCCUGAAAGGUGCUGGAUUCUUGCCGGAAAUCCAUGAUCUGAAUCACUUUCAGGACGACUAUGGUUUAAAGACUAUUGAUGAUGAUGAAGACGAUGGUGAGGAUGAGGAGGACGAUGAGCAAGAUGAUGAGUCUGAGGAUGUUGAAGGAAGUGAGGGUUUUGAGAUUGUUGAUGGGAAUGAGGAUAAAAUGGACGAAAAUUAGAUCGGCCAAUUGAACUGGUUACCUGAACACGGUAGACUUCGAUAGAUUCUAGACUGGAAUACAGCCUUCGAUCUUCUCGACAUGCGUACUUACAGAUGAGUAUGGAAGAACAAGCAUGGCGUCAGCUUCGCUCAUUGCUUUAGACAGUGAGAAAAACGCCGUCACCGUCUACGUGCCUGGUAGAUGGAGAGGAUGGUGUGGAGGCUGGUGAACUUAUAUCAAGUCUUGGCCUUGCUUCCGAACACGUUCACGU